AUGGCGGAGAAUGAAGCAGAAAGUUUAGAAAUCCACCCAAUCACUUUUCCGCCCCAAGUUCUGGCUCGAAUUGAGCCUGAAUUGUCGCUUCAGAGACAUUUAUCACUGGGCAUAAGACCAUGCUUGAGGAAAUUUGAAGAGUUUCGGGAAGUUCAUGUCGAUCAAGGAAGCUUAUCUCGUUAUAAUUCAAGAUCAGGAGGUUCUAAUGCAACGAGCAAUAGCAUUUUGGGCUCAAAUGUUCUAAAAUGUGGUUCAACAUUUGUCAUAACAUCUAUCACCGGGGCAAUCAUAGAAGAAACUGUACCAUUGAGAAGUGAGAACAUAGGCGAGGAGGAGCUUAUGGAGUUGACGAAACGGAGAGACGAGGUUGGGAAAUACGCUACCGUUUUCCCCUUGGUCGAGGUCGAAAGAGGAAGGGUUGGAGCGCCAACCGAUGAGGAAAUGACAUUGUCACAAAGACUGCACGAUUGUAUCCUACAUGCAGGGAUUAUUCCAAAGAGAGCACUUGAUGUUAAGUGCGGUGUUCGUAUAACAGGCAAAGACGGUGACGUGAAGAUUGUAUAUCCAGAUGAGCAAGCUGAAGAUGUGACUGUAUCCCAUUUGCAGCAGCAAAAGAAGUGGAGUUAUGUGUUAUAUGCAAAACAGCGAGUAUUCAGUCGAAAAGGACCAGUGUUUGAUUUGUGCUGGAACUCUCUCAUAUAUGCGCUGAAAGAUACCAAGCUUCCAAGAGCUUUUAUUGAUGAACGUGCAACGGACUUUAAGAUGACUGUCAGGACUCGUGGAAGAAGUGCUACGAUAAGGGAGACUUAUGACGUGAAAUGCGAUCCUGAGGCGUGGGUGCCAUUAAACCUCGUGGAAUCGAAGAUCGGAUACGCUUCGAAUUUCGGCAUCGUUGAUCUGGAUCCUGAGGUGCAAUUAAAUGACGAUGAGGACGAAGACAUGGAGUUACCAACAUCUCUAUUACUGGCAGACAUCGAUACAGAGGCUGAAGAAGCAUGUAUUCGAUCAACGAUAUCAAUCAUCGGGGAUUCCAGCGGAAAUUUGAGUAGUGUAUCGCUUGUAGGCGGCGGUGCUAAGAUAACGCCUGAGGCCAUAAGAAAUGCAUUAUCGUUAUCAAGGAAGAGGUCUGCAGAUUUAAGUAGCAAGCUUGCUACAGCCUAG